AUGGAUGGUGAACGUCUAAAUAAUUGGCUUAAAGAUAUACCAGGCUUUUUGCAAGAUGCUAUUCAACGAGCUUGGUCUAUUAAACCUAAUCAACGAACAAAUUUAGCCGAAAUAACUCAUGCUAUUAGAAAAUCUAUUAAUAGAAAUCAAUUCUCAUCUAUUGAUAUGCUUAGAGAAACUAAUAAACUACGUAAGAAGAUAGCUUCUGUUCAAAUUGAAGAUUUUGAAAUAUUUAAAAUAUUUGUAUUAAAUGAGUUUAGUGAACAUAUGACUAUUGAUGAUUGUGAAGCUAUGCAAAUGUUUAUUGAUGAAUUACCUCCGAAUUUAUAA